AUGAAACUCCAUUAUUUCAUCUUACUCUAUCUUGCAAGUCUCUCUUAUUUUGCGCAAUCCAAAAAUGAUGGUUUUAGCAUUGAACUCAUUCAUCGCGAUUCACCAAAAUCGCCAUUCUAUAACCCUGCCUUAAAUCAAAGGCAACUAAUGUACAACGCGUUACAACAUUCCAUCAAUCGGGCAAGUUUUUUAUGGUCUAAAUUAUCAACUUCUAUAAUUCCUGAUAUACACGGAGUAUAUCUCACAAAAAUUUCAAUUGGCACUAAACCAAGUGCCAAACUAGUUGCUGUUGACACCGGUAGUGAUCUUAUAUGGAUACAAUGUGAACCUUGUGUCCAUUGCUACGAACAACAAACUCCAAUUUUUAAUCCACAAAAUUCGUCUACGUAUAGACCAAUUUCUUGUGACUCUACUGAAUGCAUGAGUCUUCCAGGAGGCUCUUGUUAUACGAGGAAAAAUACAUGUUUAUAUUCUGCUCGAUAUAAUGAUGAAUCGUACAGUUAUGGUGAUCUAGCAAGUGAGACAUUCACAUUUGAUGAUGCAACAAAUAUUAGUCGUCCAAUCAGAUUGUCUAUGUCCAACAUAACUUUUGGUUGUGGAUGGAUGAAUGAUAUCACUACACUUGAUGUUGAACCAGCUGGAAUUAUUGGUCUUGGUGCUUCACCUUAUUCACUUGUGUCCCAAAUUAAAUCUAAAUUUGGGCAUAAAUUUUCAUAUUGUUUAGUCCCAUUUUUCCAAUUAAAUGUGUCAAGCAGAUUGAAUUUUGGUGAAAAUGAAGCUUUAAUUUCUUCAACUAAACAUAUGGUUACAACCCCAUUAUUUUUAAAACCCCCAAAAGUUUAUUAUUUCCUAAAGUUAUUAGGAAUUACCAUUGGGAAUACAACAAUUCGAUUUCAUAACACAUCAAAAAAAGUUCACAAGGGAGGGAAGAUUGCUAUAGAUUCGGGAACUACAUUUACUUUUUUACCAACACAUAUGUAUUCAGAGAUGGAGACGAUAAUGAAGCGCGAAAUAAAAUUGAAGCCUCUAAGAAGCAACACAACACGAUUCUUGCAAUUGUGCUAUCAAGGAUUGCGUGUUUCAGAUAUUCCACCAGUGAUAUUUGAAUUUCAAAAUGCAAAGUUGGAGUUGGAGGCGUUAAAUAAUUUUGUUAAUAUCGGAAAUGACGUUAUUUGCCUUGCUUUUGCUCCAGCAAAACAUUUGCCUAUAUUUGGGAAUAUAGCACAAACAAAUUUCUUUGUUGCCUAUGAUCUUGACAACAAGACUGUUUCUUUUAAACCCCAAAUUUGUGCCAAAUUGUAG